GGCACGCAAAGCAUUCUGGGAUACCGACGGCACGAAAGCGUGCAUAAAUGCACGCUUGAAAACAUGCUAAGCGCGCUUAGCAUUUUUUAGCAUCUCGUGCCAAAUGGGACACCGUUCGCGACGCGUGAUGACAUCAUGCACGCUUCAAAUGCUUCCCGGUCUGCGGGUGAUGAAACGCGUUGUCAUACAUCGACCCCGCCCCUUCUAGUUGGUCAAACCAAUCACAUUCCCGGAUCGGGAUGAGCUGGCACUAAACACCGGAAGCAUGAAGUGUUGAUAACACGGAGCUCUGCUAACAGGCUAACUAACCCGAGAAAGACGGUUUUUUUCCUGAAGCUUCACGGCAGCAGGACAUUAAUUUCUUCUCGUUUGUGGUCGUGGAGUAAUCACAGGUGAGUAUCUCCACCUUAACGGUAGUUUUAAACAUUAUUGUCAGUCCAGACCAACAUCCACUGACUAUUUAAAGCAACUUUAGAGACUGGACGUAAAGAGUUGCAGAGUGUGUGGCGCUAAAUUAGCGUCAUGUGUUUUAUGAGAAGAAACAGAAAGUAGAGCAAAAAAGCAACACGUAGCUCAGAAAUAGCGACCUUUAAAUGAUACAGACUGUUUAAUUAGGAACGUCUGAGAAAAAAUAGACAUGUUUCCAGAGAGUAAACGGAGCCUGGAGGCUACAGAGGGGCGUGAAGUCCUCAGGGCAGGACUCGGUGUUCUUGACAAAACCCAGAACAUAGACGGCUCCAUGUGUGAGUCUGUACCGGUGCAAAAAAGUGAAUUUCUAGACAAUUGAAGUCCUGUCAUUGUCCGGUAAAAACUGAUACCAAUAAUUAGAGUACACACAGGCUAAUCAAUUAUACCAAUAUCAGCUGAUUUUGUUGUUCUGAAUCUGACAAAAUAAACAAAUUAUCGAGAUGAAAUAAGAGUGAAUUAUUUUAUUGAAUAAAGGUAGAGAGAGAAAUAUUUGUCUCAGUUUCUAUUUUCAGGGUUUUUCCUGGCUCAAAUUGAGGCAGAGGUGGCACCAUCCUGACCAUGCGCCAUGACGUGCAUGUAUUUGUAAAUUCAACUGACUCACUUUCUUUUACACGCAACAUACUUUAAGUUAAGAGUUCAAAAAAGAGUGUGACCAUUAUCAUGUUAAAGCAUUCAUUUAUUAAAACUAUAUACAUACACAAAUCAGCUGGCAACUUUAAAUUGAAAGUACACUUCAUCCACACAUCUCGCAACCAGACAGAACAUUUCAGCCUCCUCUUUUUCAUUCUGUAGAACCUCAUCAUGCACUCCUUGUAGUCCAAGGCCUCCUGGUCUGGUCCAUCAACGGCCACCUUACAACAGACAUCCAAGUGCCUCUCCUUCAGUCUGUUCCGCAGAGGUGUCUUCACCUUAAACAAAACAAUUCAUCAUGCAUUAAGUAUUUUUGUUUUUAUUCUGAUACAGACAUGAAGAGUGAUAGUGUUUUCAAUCAUAUAUUAUAUAUAUGUAUACGCUGCAGUGUCCUCCCAAAAAAGAACAACAACCAAUUAUUUCUUAAACUAUCUAAACUGUUAUUGUAGUUUUUGUAACUUUAUUAGUUGAGUGUUUUUAGGUACUACCAUCUUUAAUAUAUUUCUCCUUCUCUUCUGCUGCUUUGUGAAUGGCUGUCACCUCAUGUCUUUUUAACGUGUCCAGCCUGUAGUUGGUUGAUGGCUGUCUCACUAAGGAGGCAGCAAUUGCCUGCUGUGUUGGGGCACAGUGCUUUUGGCAUAAAUAGCAGUGCAUGCCUUCCUCAGUAUGCCUGAGCCAGGUAAAUUGAUUGAGCCACUGCUUGUCAAAGCCACUGGCUCUGUGUUUUUGAGAAGAUCUAGAAAGAGGAAUAAAAACCACGUACACGUUGGUUUUGCGUUGUUAUGCUCCUAAUUGGAAACUAAUUAAUUAAUUACCCUCGCCUCGCCGACUCGUCCUGUCCUGCAUUCUGACCCUCGCGAUCACCAGUCCCUUGUGAAGUACUUUCAGACCUGACACAAAUUUCCACGUUGUCUCCACCAUGAAUUAUAGCAUUUUAACUGCCUGUUACGUUUUUUCUCUGCUGUGUUUCACCUGGACUCUUGACUUUCCUCCUCGCGAGGUCGCUUUUUAAAGUACUGGCUGAUUUUGCCUGUCAUAACUAAAAGGCUAAAAAACGGAGGAAACUUUUUGUUUUAAUAAACACGACAUGCUUGGAUGCAAAAAAGACAAGCAGUAUUUACCUGUUUGUACCAUCCGCCAGGGAAAAUCAGGACGCCGAUAGCACCAACUAGCGGGAAAAAAACUUGAAAAAACAUGAUUCGAUCCGUUUCUUCUUCGGUAGAUGCUUCAGGUCUUUCCGGUGCACUGCUGUUGAUAUAGCGCCUCUAUAGUGGCGCAACGCUGCAACUGCAGUUAGAAUACGUUGCUGCUGCAGAGGGACAUCAAUCGCUCAAUCAACACAGCUGGAGCUUUACGCUGUGUUGAGCGAAAUCAAUCGCUCUGGCUGGGGGCGGCACAAAAUUAGGUGGAGGCGGCCGCCACGCAAUUUUGAACGCAGGAAAAACCCUGAUUUUUAUGAAACUAUUUAGGAAGUAAAACAAAAAAGGGGUGAGAGGUUGAGUUUGAUUUUUUAGGUUUGAUUUUCUAUCAUUGGUGAUGGAAAAAAAAAACGUGUUUUAAUUUGGAUACUGUGAUGGGGAUAUCAACCAACACAGAUAUGAGGCCAGUUUAGUCAAAAUGCCAGUAAUUAGCCUGAUUAAUCAGUAAAUCUUAAAGAAGAAAUAACUGAAAGAUCAGACUAGGGCUGGGCGAUAAAAUGAUAGUGAUAUUGAAAAUUAGUUUCUCUCAAUAUCAAUAUAAAACAUGGUCAAUAUGCUUUUCAAUAGUCAUCAUUCUGCCAUGUUUUGGUAGACUAUAUGAAUAGCCAAAAAAAAGGGGCGUUUCUCUGGGUCCGCUUCACGCUGAACCAAUAAUGUGCUGAAUUAGAACCAAGUAUCAAACAACUGCUUCAUAGCAGACAGCAGCUACACCCAACCGUAGCACUUUAACAGGUGAAGCCGACAGCACCGUUGGUGAGAAAAAAAAGAAAAUGAGUGCUAGAAAUGACGAUGAAGGCUCAACAGAUGAUGACAUCGUCGACAACACUGGCACGAAAACAUCGGUGGUGUGGAGGUAAUUUGGUUUUUUGAGGUCGGACAUGAAGCAGAGGAAUGUGUACUGAAAAUUAUGUUGAGUACAUGUUCUCACAAAGUCGGGGAAUACCUCAAAUCUUUUUCACCUCCUGAGGCAGCGCCACGCCGCAGAGCACGCGCAACGUAAAAGGUUCUCUGUCGUAACGCCUCUAGCGUAUUGUAUUGCUAAAGAGAUGCUACAAUAAACACUGUUAAAUUUCAUUUUUUUAUAUCGUGAUAUAUAUCGAUAUUGACUGAUAUGAAAAAAAUAUAUCAUGAUAAACUUUUUACCACAUCGUCUAGCCCUAGAUCAGACUUAACAGGAGAUCAGAAAGUUUCUGUUUUCAGGGAUUAGUCAGUUAUUUAAUCAGCUGUCAUUGUCGGUAAACUUUUUGUAAGAUGGUCAAAAUUUUCAGGGAUUUGAAACCAUAAAAAAAUAAAACUUAUUGUGUAAUUAAAAAUGGAAAAGACUAAAAACCUCAACCACUUACUUGGAAACCAUAAAGGAUGUGUGUCAGUCACUGUGCUGUCAGAUGUCUGAAACACUAUGUUUAGAUUCUGCCAUUGAUUUUAAAUAAAUUUUCAUAACUUACCUUUUCUCCUUUUUUCAGACUUUGUUUUAAGUUGGCUCUUUUGUUUUCCCACUGUUAAAUCCCUACAUUAUGAUACAAGUGCUACAUUUCCUCUGUAGUGAAGCUACACUUUACUGAACGGUCACCAUUUAAUCUGAGGGGGGCAGAUUCAUGAACGUGCAGCUAAAGCCUGAUUCUGAUGCUGAUUCUUCGUGGGAAAUUUGUUGUGAUGAGUUUAGUUUUUUUGUUGUAAAUGCUCAUGUUGCCAUGGUGAUAGCUGUAUGAUUUAUCAUGUGAUGUUAUUUUUAACUGUUUAUCAAAAACCAGGGCUCACCACUAACUUUUUUCCACAUGUUAUCCGAAGUUGAAAAAGUAAGAAGCGCACAAAGAACUUUAGGGGCACAAUGAAAAUUAAUCAAAUAAUUUUUGUCUUAUUGGUUGACAUAAGUACUAUUAUUUGAAAUCAAUUUUAGGUCAAUUGGUCACAUGACAUGGAAGCUAUUGAAGGAAAACAGCCUUUUCUGAGAACAUCAACCGGUAAUUUAUUGACAGUCCCUUAUUUAACACUUCUUUUAACCGAAAUAAUUCCAGAUAACUGACUUUCCUUUUCUUUUUGGCAACAAAUCUUCAUUUUCGGUGGUUUUCGCUUGUUCGUUGUUCAUUUUGCGAUCGUUGUUGUUGUUGUUAGCGGUGUUGUGCCGAGAAACGCAUGUCCUCCGAGAAUUGCAUGCACCUCGCAAAACGCGCACUGCUUAUAGUAGAGUGGUCCACGGAAAUGUACAAUUUAAAACCCAUACAGUUCUUAUUUGUUGGGCUUAACAGUCAUGAGUAAAGUUCCGAAAGUAAUUCUCAGCGGACACACGUCUCCCUCCAUGUGCAGAACAUGUGCAGGGGUGGGUUUUCUCCUCCCUGAUUUUGAUUGACAGCUGGCAGGGUAGUCUGAUUGGCAACUGAGAAGUGAGUCUGAUUGGCAACUGAGUUAAGGACGAAGGCGAUUGGUGGAUCGCUGCACAGCACAUGCAGAGUCACAUGGAGUGUAUCUCAGUCGGUUACCCUUGAAAUUAAAUGAGUUCAUUCACCUCCAAUAUCGCAGGCUCUGCGAUGUGACUAUCGCACACACGUACAUCGCGAUGACGAUUGUCAAACGAUAUAUCGUUCAGGCCUAGUAUUUAGUAUGCAUCUGUAUGUAAACGCUCGGGCAGCCGCGGCAUACUCAAAUCAUCUUUGAGUAUUCAGUAUGCAGUAUGUACUGAUUGAGUAGGUAAGUAGACAGUAGGGAGUAUGCCAUUUCGGACACAGCCCAUUAUCGCAAUUCUGAAUCUCCUAACCUGACAGACGAUGACGUUUCACAGCCAUAGGGAAUAACCAAUCGGUGCCCAGCACUUCUAGCCAAUCAGAGACGAAGGAGGGCGGGACCUUCCCCUACCAGCCUACAAAAAAAAUUCCUGCCUGCAGGGCAUGACUCAGCUACUGUGAACUCCAACACCACCUUCAUUCAUCCAUUUACUAAUUCAUACAUUUAUCUAGAGCAGCUGAUCCUGUAAACAGAGGUGAAUAUUCUUUCAGACCCAGGACCCCUCAGUGGUUUUCCUGUGUGUCUGUGUCCAGGGUUAGUGGUAUACAUGAUUUUCAUAUUCAGUAUGAGUAUGUACUAUAAUAAUAAUGAUAACAAUAAUAAUAAUAAUAACUUUAUUUGUAUAGCACUUUUAAAACCAAACAUUUACAAAGUGCUUUGACAUAUAGUCAUAGAGCACAUGGAAAAAGACAAAAUCAUAAAACUCAGGUAAAACAGAAUUGAAGGCCAUGUUCAUAAGACAAUACAAGAACCUUGCAACAUAAAAUGAGAACAUGAGGACCAAAAUAAAAACAUAAAAUAGUUAAGAAAAAAAUAAAUGCAAUUAAAAGGGGGGUCGAAAGGGAAAACAGGAUAGUACAUAUAAAAGACAAUAUCAAUAAUAAUGAUAAAAUAACAGGUAAUACUGAUAAUAAUAGUAAUGACAAAAUAGAGCAACAGAAAUGAGCAAAAGAUAAAACAAUAAAAGACCGAAAAGGUUAAUCAAGAAAAGAGUACAAGUAUAACAAAAGCUAAAAAGACUGUAAAGCCGAAAUAAGAUAAAAGAGGUGAAAGAGAUAAAAGAAAAGACAGCAUCACAUAAAAACAAGUCUGUAAAUGUGAGUUUGUAAAUUUGACUUAAAAGAAGCGACUGUCUGUACUGUCUGUAUGCCUUAUCUCCUCUGACAGGUUGUUCUAAAGUCGAGGAGCUCUGAUGGAGAAAGAUCUAUCACCUUUAGUUUAUAGACUUUGGAACGACCAGGAGGCCGUUGUUCUUCUUCAGGUGGUCACGCCUCAUGAAGCAGGAACUGAGAUGUUCUAGAUCAGGGGUCUUCAUAUAAAUUUUCAGUGGGUCCACCUGAAUGAAAUGCCUGCAGGCCUGGGUCCAGGGAUUUUUAUUUAUUUAUUUUUUUACAGUGCAUUACUCUUUUGAAAUAUUCACUUCAUUUGUAUUGCCAAUUAUUGCCUACUUUCAAUUGGCUGUGUGCUUCCUGUGGGUAAAAUGAAUGCAAAUGACUCGGUCCACUUGCCAUAAAACACCCUGUUCUCAUUCUCUACCUUUCGUGGUUUUGAAGCCGACAUGUUUAGCUGCUGCUACAACUUUCUCCUCAGUCUGCCGCCUGACAGUUUUCAACAUCGGGAUUGCUCGGUAAUCUUCGUGUGUCGAGUAGGCUAAGAGGUCUGAUUUGAUUGACAAGUCAAGCCAGUAAGCAAGUGAUUUAAUGCCUUGCUGAAAUUGCACGUGCAGUUUACUGAACCAGGCACAAAGCAAGAGAGUAAGGCUGCACGAUAUUGGAAAAAACUAACAUCGGAUUUUUUUCAACCCUGCGAUAUAUAUUGCGAUAUUAAAAUUAUAGGAAUUUUCACCAGAUGACCUGAAUAGCAUUUAAUGUUAUGCUGCACUGCUGAAGUCUUGAGGACAGUUAACCUGCAUUGAUCUUACCUCUUUUUGUGAAUGUUAGAAUGGCUUCUGUCUGUCUCAGAGAUAUUUUUAGCUUUUAUUGUGCUGGGACAGAUGAACACAGAACACGUGUUUUGGUCAACAUCAUCCUUCUUUUAACCAAAAUAAUUCCAGAUAACUGACUUUCCUUUUCUUUUUGGCGACAAAUCUUCAUCUUCGGUGGUUUUCUCUUGUUCGUUGCUCAUUUUGCAAUCGUUGUUGUUGUUGUUGUUGUUGUUGUUAGCGGUGUUGUGCCGAGAAACGCAUGUCCUCCGAGAAUUGCAUGCACCUCGCAAAACGCGCACCGCUUAUAGUAGAGUGGUCCACGGAAAUGUACCAUUUAAAACCCAUACAAUUCUUAUUUGUUGGGCUUACCAGUCAGUAAAGUUCCGAAAGUAAUUCUCAGCUGACACGCGUCUCACUCCAUGUGCAGAACAUGUGCAGGGGUGGGUUUCCUCCUCUCUGAUUUUGAUUGACAGCUGGCAGGGUAGUCUGAUUGGCAACUGAGAACUGAGUCUGAUUGGCAACUGAGUAAAGGACAAAGGUGAUUGGUGGAUCGCUGCACAGCACAUGCAGAGUCACAUGCAGUGUAUCUCAGUCAGCUACCCUUGAAAUUAACUGAGUUCAUUCACCUCCGACAUCGCAGGCUCUGCGAUGUGACUAUCGCACACACGUAUAUCGUGCAGGCCUACAAGAGAGAAAAAAAACAUACAUUUUUCUGCGGUAGGCUCGGGUCCGUAUUGGACUCUUUCCCGGUCCGGAAGUGGACCGCGGUCCGCCAUAUGGAGACCACUGUUCUAGAUGUUCCCGUCUGAGAUCUGCUCUCUGUUCUGAUUUGUUUUUUUUCUCUUGGAGCUGUUUGUCCUCCUGUCCUGAAACUCUUAGACACAUUCCAGCACACUCUGCUCCUCCUGUGGAUUUAAUUUGCAUUGACUGACCUGUGUCUGCAGUUUUUAUGUUGUUUACCUCCAGGAUGUACAAACGGCUCAGUGAAAGCAGAAACAGGUUAAACGUGUUAGAGGUGAAGGUGUUAACAUUAGUGAAACAGUCGGAUGUCUUUGACAUUUCUCUGUUUGUCCUGGUUCUGAAUGAAAACAACGUGGAUCUGUUUCAGUGUUUUUGUGACAGCUGCUCUGAUGGUCCGUUGUUCCUCUUAACUGCUUAAAGGUGUGUUUGAUUUUGACCCCCUGUGUUUCUUCUUCAGGAUCCAGGAUGAGUCUUCAGUGGACAGCUGUCGCCACCUUCCUGUAUGCGGAGGUUUUCUUCGUUCUGCUGCUCUGCAUCCCCUUCAUCUCACCAAAGAGGUUUGUCCAACAACGUACCUGUCCUUCUGCACACCUGUCCAACUACACAACUGUCCUUCUACACACCUGUCAAACUACACACCUAUCUUUUUUUUUUUUUUUUUUUUUUAAACAAUGCAACACAACAUGAACAUGGGGUGUUUCUGGUAUAUUACAAUAGAUUGAGUGAUCAAGUACAAGAAGAAAAGAGAGAGAGAGAAAAAAAGAAAAAGAAUUAAACAAAAGAAGGGCGUCGCAGGGAAAUAUACAUUUUCCAUGGCUUCCAGAUGUCCUUGAAUUUUGAUUGUUGAAGCCUCAUUGAAAAAGUUAUUCUUUCCAUUACAUAAACAUCAUAUAAAAUGUCAUACCAUUCCUCUAUAGAUGGGAUGUCUGGCUUCAGCCAUUUCUUUGUAAUUGCUUUCCUAGCAGCCAUACUCAGCAUUCCAAACAGGCACUUAUUUUUCACACUUAUAUUAGCUGAAUGUACAAACCCAAAAAGAAGUUCAUCCCAGGUAAAUGUAAUGUCAGAUCCAAAUACAGUUCUAAGUUCUGAAUAGAUCUUACGCCAGAAAGUAUUUAUUUUUGGACAUGUCCAAAACAAAUGAAAGCGAUUAGCUUCUUGAGAACGACACAUUCUCCAGCAGCUGGAGGAUCCUGUGUGAUGGCUAGAUUGAGCAGGAGUAAUGAAAUACCUAAUGAGACAUUUCCAGCCAAAUGACCUCCAUGUGUUUGAACUUUAUAUCCUCCACUGAAGUUGAUCUAGACAUAUGUCGGGAGCCUGUUGCUUAUGCUGCCAUCCCUUCGCCUGGCAGACCGGAAGUCCCCACACACCUAUCUUUUUACACAACUGUCCAACUAUAAACCUGUCUAACUACACACUUGUCUCUCUGCACACCUGUCCCUCUACACACCUGUCCCUCUGCACACCUGUCCAACUACACACCUGUUCUUCUCUUAGCCUUGAAUAAGUUAAACAUAAAUCUGGUAAUAAUUAUUUAAUUCCAUCUAAAUUGACAGUCGAGUUAAUUAUUAAAGCACAGGUAAAACACCAUGCGGGAGUCUCUGGAGUGACUCGGGUUAAAGGACAAGCUCAGAGGACGUUAAAGUUUAAUUUAGAGGUAAAGAUCAGUUGAAAUCGAACAAACAGGCUGUUCUAGUUUGUCAGUGAAGUCUUCGAUGAUUUUUCCAUCUCAGUCUAAAAACACUCGUGUGUCUGUGAGAGGAGACGGCGGAGGUUCAGGCUGAAGAAGCUGAUGAGCUGAUUGAGUUAUCAGAGAGACACAGAGCUGCUUUGUGUGAGUCCAAGAGGGUCAGGAGAUUUAUUUAUUUAUUUUUUAAUUAUCAUGUGAUUGACUUAAUACGUAAACUGAACACUUCAGAAAUCGGCCCUUUAAAUGACACUUGGACGGUCAGCAAAUCCUCCUGGCUGCUUCGCUGACGAGAACCAAUCAUGCGCACACUCUUCACGUGUACUUGGAGUACUUGGAGAGCCUGUGGUAGCAUUGCAAAGCUGCGAGAACGAGAAGCAGGACUUAUCCACGCCGGUGUUGUGCCGUAGAAUGCACCCCUGACGGGAGCGCGGUUGAAAGUACGUAACAAGGCAAAAUAAUCGAAGUUUUCCUUACCGUUGGACGGAUUCAAAAGCGUGUGCCUUUAAUGAUUUCAUUCAGGUUAUACAGAUUAGCCGAAAACAAUUGCCCUCUGAUUCAGAAUAUUUGCUGUCCCGAAAGUUUAUUGUUCUUUACCUUGACUCACCUAUUUUUUCCGAGUUUUUUUUUUUUGCCCAAUACGCCCAACUGAAUAAAACAUAAACUUAUAAAAACUUGAAACCUCUCUGUGAAACGUGCUUGUAAAUUGUGGUAAACAUCCAUGGGCUUUGUGUUCUGUUUGUGCCUGUGUGCGUGUUGCGGUGAACAGCUGUUUGAUCAGCUGAUGCACGUACCCGCGACUGCGCCCUGUGAAACCCCAUUCAAAAACUAAAGUAUUUUUAUUAUUAGCACUUCAUAGACCACAUCCCCGCCCAUCUACACCUAGGUGACCACAAUAUAUAUUUUUUAGAUAAUUCGGCACUAGUUCGGCCUGUCAAAUCAUCUGAUCAAAGCCAGUUUAUUUACUUUUAUCCACAGCGGAGAGCGCGCCCGGCGCUUAUUUUCUUUUUUGAUGAGCGCCCGGCUCAUCAGCUGGCCGAGCACGCGUCACGAUGAUGCGACUACUCGAGGACCUCGAGUUACGUGACGUUUGCUUUGUUUAGUGCAGUUCAGGCGACGUCUUAGUUAUUUGUACACGUUUGCAUCAUAGCACUCUUCUAAAGCCGCUACAAAAUAAACCCAACAGUUUAAAAACAGUAAAAAAUAGUAGACCUUCUGAGUACCUUAUAUGUCAACUUCAAGAAAUCAUUUGGUAAGUGAAAGUACAUAUGGGUUAAAAAGUUAGAGGGGGCACUUUUAGAUAUUAAUGUUCAGUUUAUCUAGCAAGUUUGCAGCUCAUAUUAAUUUUAAUAUACCCAUUCCACAGAAAACAAGUCACAGAGAGCAGGGCAAACAUGUUCAAGAGAUUAAAACAGAAUACCCUGGAUGCAUUUCUGGCAAAGAAAAAGAAAGAAAUUGACAAAGAGGAAGAUAGUAAACAUGAAACCAAGGAGGAUGGAAGAGAGAAUAGGGAAAGUUAGAUGUAGCAGAGAGAGGAGAGUCAUUCAGAGAUGGAAGGGGAGCAGAGGCACACGGAGGAGGAUGGAAUAAAAAAAAAAAUUCAAAUAAAUAAAAUAUAUUUAAACAAUAAACAUCUUGUGUGACUUGUAGCCUAAAAAAUUAUAAUUAAAAAAAAACAUUUAAAAAAACCUUGGCGCGCGCUCUGCGCGCGCAUCAUGGUCCUGACCUAUUCCAAAAUCCUGGCUACGUCCCUGGUUUUGAGCCAUCUAAAAUAGCAAAAGCAGGCAUCUGCAAAAAAGCAAGCAGGUGUGACUUGGAGUGUUUUUGGCGCCUCCUGCAGAUCACUGAAACACAAUGUGGGUGAACAGAGCUCAAUAUUUUGUUGGGUUGUACAGUGUACCGGAACGUAUUUCCUCCGCACCCUUCUCACCUUUUCAACCCCUGACCCAUUUUCAUGCCUGAUUUUAUCAUAAAUGUUUCUGUCGAGUUAAUUCCAAACUGCUGCUCUCCUUCUGCAGCCGUAGAUGAAUCUGUUGUUUUCCUCAGCUGUGUGUUUGUUACUCAGCCUCUAGAUGGCGCCACAGCUCCAUGUUUUUCCCAGCAGGUCUGAGCAGCACCGUUAUGUCUCUGUUAUGUUAUUUAAUGUGUUUCCAUUUUUAACCUCCAGGUGGAGCAAGAUCUUCAAGUCACACAUCGUCCAGACCAUCGCUCUCUAUGGAAACACCUCCUUCAUGGUGGCCAUCGCCAUCCUCGUCUUCCUGCUCAUCGGUACGCGCCUGUGUGUGUGUGUGUGUGUGUGUGCGUGCGUGCGUGUUUGUGUGUGUGUGUUUGUCUAAACUUUGCCUGCUCAGUGUUUGUGGUUACUGGAUAAUAAAGCAGGUAUCAUGGAGAAGAGACACACCUGCACAUUUACAGACCCUUUCCAAAAAUUUGAAUAUCAUUAAAAAGUUUAUUCAUUUCUAGGCCUGUCACGAUAAUCAAAUAAAUCGCCUAAUCGCUCGGUAAAUAAAAACGAGGUCGGUAAUUUUGCCAGCCUCGAUAAUUAAUUAGCGUUUGUUUUCCUCCUCUCUCGCUACCAAACACGCUGGAUACGAGAAGAGGUCUCACUCUGCGCAUUUUUCUCGACACCUGGGUGCGUUGGCUCUAUAGCAGAAUGAACGCAGUGAGUGAACCCUCCUGUCAGUCAUUCAGUCUCUUUGUCACAGUGGGGGGGGGAGAGCUGGUGCGCACACGCACACAGACACACACACACAGACGUACUGACACAGUGCGGAGCAAACGCAAUGAAUGAUGAAACGACAGGGUUGGUGUCUAAGCCCAACGCAACAGCCCCAGUGUGGGAACAUUUCGGUUUCAAAUAGAAUGAAAGAGGUGAGCCCACGAACACGGACGUAUGUCGCAUUUGUUUUGGUGACAAAGAAGGGGAAUACAACGAACAUGCAUGCGCACCUCAAGCACAAUCAGCUGCGGGGAUGAUUGUGCUUGAGGUGCGCAUGCAUGUUCUUUGUUGACCUGUUGAGGAAUAGCACCCAAAGCUAAUUAUUUAGUGCAAUUUUGUUUACAGACUCGAGACUCCACUUUAUUUAUUGUUUUAAUAGUUAUGUGUGGAGUGAAGUUUUUGUUCCGUACCAGAGACAAGGUCUGUUUUUUUGUUUGUAGUUGUGAUUGUGGUUUUUAUUUGAAUGCAGUUUUUGUUAAAACAGAAUGUGGGUCCAUUUUAUUUUCAUUGUUUUUUGGUUGUCUUGUUUGUUUAUUAUAUUUGUUCAUCCUAGUUCAAAGUUCUUAAUCUUGAGCAAUUAAAGUUUAUUGCUUUUGACAUGGUGUACUCGCAUUAUUAUGCCAUAUAUUAUCAUUAUCUAUAAUUAAAAAAACGGUGUCAAUAAUAUCGUUUAUCGGCAAUAAUUUGUAGCACAAUUAUCGUCAGGCAAAAUUUGUUAUCGUGACAGGCCUAUUCAUUUCCAUAAUUCAUUCAUUCAAAAAGUUAAACUUUCAUAGAUUAUAGAUUCAGGGCCCACAAUUUAUUUGUUUAUUUUUACAUAAUUUGGGCUUCCAGCUCAUUUGAAAAAUUAUAAUUGCACCCCUGCCGUAGAAUGCCCCCCUGACGGGAGCGCGGUUGAAAGUACACAACAAGGCGAAAUAAUCCAAGUUUUGAGCCAUCUAAAAUAGCGAAAGCGGGCGUCUCGCGUUUACUACUCUGCAGGGCUCUCAAGUCUCACGCAUUCAGCGUGUGACACACGCAUUCCCACCCGUUCACACGCUCACACGCCACACAUUGUAUUUCUCACGCAUUUAUAUGAACAUGGUGAUGUCCACAAAGUUGCACCUCUGUAACAAUGGAACAGGUAGAAAUCAACUGAGUUCCUCCGAGAGUUCAGAAGCUGCGUGCCACACGCAAGCCAAUCAAAUAAAUUAUAUAUACUGAACAGCCAAUCAAAAAGCAGCAUUGCUGUAUCCGGGUAGAUCUCCUAUUUUCUCCGAUUUGAGGUAUAGUGCAGAACUUUGGCUAUAGAAAGAGUAAUUUUUAAGCCAGAAAGGUCAUCUUGGGCUCAAAUUGAAGCUUAGGGACAUGGGAAGUUUAUAUAUACAAAUGAGGCAGUGAUAUUCACCAUAAAGUGCUGGAAAUCAAUCAUCUUUGUUAUUAUUUGUCAAGCGGACAGUAUAUUUUUUUGUGUUUCUGGGGAUGAUGUUGGUCAUAAUUAUGAAUACAGUUGUAGCAGGCCCUAUUGGGCUACUUAACCCUAUGUCUCAGGAUACCCAAUGCCAAAUUUCAGACUUUCAUGUCCAAUUAUGUAAUUUUAGUGAAUGAAUAUUUGCCUUAACACAAUUUCGCUGGAGCCAUGUACCAAAAAGUGGGUUUUUGGGGGUUUUGGGGCAGAUGGGACAUUCUGAGAACUUUUUAUCAUAGCUCAUCAUUUUCAGCACAUUUUUUCCUAUAAAAACACUGAUUAGAAAUAUAUCUCCGGGGGGUGCACUGAACCCCCUCCUUCCAACUAGACUAUAAAGUCGUUAUAAAAUCCUUACUAAUGAUAAUAAAGUCGUUAUAAAAUCCUUACUAAUGAUAAUAAAGUCGUUGUAAAAUCAUUACUAAUGAGAAUGAAGUCGUAAUAUAAUCAUUAUUUACGUGAAUAAAGUCGUAAUAAAUUCAUUACUAGUGAGAAUAAAAUCGUAAUUAAGUAAUUACAACAAUAAAGUUGUACUUAAUAGAAUAAAGUAGUAAUAAAAUCUUUUCUAAGGAGGAAAAAGUUGUUAUAAAAUAAUUUCUUAUAAGAAUAAAGUCGUAAUAAAAUCAUUACUAAUGAGAAUAAAGUCGCGAUAAGGUAAUUACUUAUGAGAAUAAAGUCGCGAUAAGGUAAUUACUUAUGAGAGUUAAGUCGUGAUAAAAUCAUUAUUUACAAGAAUAAAGUUGUAAUAAAAUCAUUAAUUAUGAGUAUAUAAUCGUAAUAUGUCAUUAUUAUUGGGAAGAAGCCGUGAUCAAUUAAUUACUAAUGAGAAUAUAGUUGUAAUAAAAUCAUUAUUUUUUCGAGAAGAAAGUCGUAAUAAAAUCAUUUUAUCAAAUCAAGUCAUAAUAAAAUCAUUUCUAAUGAGAAUAAAGUCGUAAUAAAAUCAUUAUUUACGAGAAUAAAGUCGCAAAUUAAUCAAUAAGAAUGAGAAUGAAGUCAAUAUAAAAUCAUUGCUUAUGAGAAUAAAGAAAAUAAGAAAAUAAAGAAGUCAUUAUUUACGGGAAAAAAGAUGUAACUAAAACAUUACUAAUGUGAAUAAAGUUGUAAUGAUAUCAUAAAUAAAGUCGUAAUGAAAUCAUUAUUUACGAGAAUAAAGUCAUAAUAAAAUCAUUAUUUGCAAGGAUAAAGUCACAAUAAAAUUAUUACUAAUGAGAACUAAGUCGUAAUAAACCAUUAUUUACGAGAAUAAAGUCGUAAUAAAAUUAUUACUAAUGAGAAUAAAGUCGUAAUAAAAUAAUUUCUUAUGAGAAUGAAGUCGUUAGGUAAAUGAAGUCUUAAAGCUGCUUUUGUGGAAGAGGAAAUGUCUGAACUGGUCAACUCCAACUGAUGAUCAACAUUUACGAUUCAGAGGGAGUCGAGCUUCGACGAGCACCGCGUCUGUCUCUGAAGCCGGCACAACACUGGCAGAGGCAUCAACACUUUAUGGUGCAUAGAUUCAUACAAAAAACUAAAAAAACAGCAAUUCCCUACAAGUCAGCCUAGUUCUUUCUGCAGAAAAUAUGCAUUUCUUCAUAUGUCCUGAUAUUUGUGACGAUGUGAUGCUGAAACGCCAAAGGAUUUAGUAUCUCCUUGUUUGUGAAACCUAGCUGUUCAUCUAAAUGCUCCACAGCACUCAUUUAAACAACUAACAACAGGUUAGAAUAGCUAUUAGCUACAACUUUAUUCUCAUAAGAAAGGAUUUUAUUACGACUUUAUUCUCUUAAAUAAUGAUUUUAUUACGACUUUAUUCUCGUGAGUUAUGAUUUUAUUAGGACUUUAUUCUUGUAAGAAAUUAUUUUAUCACGACUUUAUUCUCGUAAAUAAUGAUUUUCUUACGACUUUAUUCUGGUAAGUAAAUACUUUAUUACAACUUUAUUCUUGUGAAUAAUGAUUUUAUUACAACUUUAUUCUCAAGAAAUUAUUUUAUUACGACUUUAUUCUUGUAAGUUAUGAUUUUAUUUGGCUUAAUUUUCGUAAGUAAUUAUUUUAUCACGACUUUAUUCUCGUAAAGAAAUUAUUUUUAUUACGACUUUAUUCUCAUAAGUAUUGAAAUACAGUUUUUAAUUUCUUUAAUUUAUAGGUCUGAUCUUUUAAAAGACAUUCUUUGAUCGUCAGUUUCUUUUCCUGUGAGCUGAAAUAUUCUCAGAAACAAAACCAGCGCAGAGCGACCGACCAGAGACACUUUCAUGAUUUGGUUUCUGCAGAAGUCUAAGAAACGGGGGGAUGAUUUUCUUCUUUGUGUGUGUGUGUGUGUGUGUGUGUGUGUGUGUGUGUGUGUGUGUGUGUGUGUGUGUGUGUGUGUGUGUGUGUGUGUUAGAUGCUUUCCGUGAGGUGAGGAAGUACAGCGUCACAGAGAAAGUGGACCUGACCAACAACCCGACAGCCAUCGAGCACAUCCACAUGAAACUGUUCAGAGCUCAGAGGAACGAGUACAUCGCCGGCUUCGCCCUGCUGCUGUGCCUGUGAGACACACACACACACACACACACACACACACACACACACGCACACACACACACACACGCACUCAGAUCUAAAAGCAGAGCAGCUUUUACAGUCAGAAGGAAAGAAUGAGCAGCUGUGUGAAGGUACGGAUCCUCUCAGGAGAGGGUAAAUCCUGCAGCCUUGUUCUGAUUGGACACAGCUCAGAGGUGUAAAACUGUCUUGAUCCCUGAUUGGCUGACCUCUCAGAAGGUCGGAGGUGGUUAAAUCUGAUUGGUUUUGGAGCUGAGUGAUGUGGCGUGUUGUUAUAGGUUGUUGUCGGGCUGAAAAUCUGACAACUUUCUGAUGAUCUGAAGUUUGAAGUGAACUUUGACACGAUCAUCUUCUGCUCAUCGAACAAGGCUGGAGGAGGCGUGGAAGAAGGUUUGAACUUUAGACCCUGAAGGUAAACCUCACCAGAGGAGGACUGGCCCAGGUUUAAAUAAUGGUUAAUGAAAGUGUCUCGUGGUCAGAGCAGGUGUUGGUGAAUCAGGAGUCAAAAAUCUCUUUGUGGACGGUCUGCAGAUUUAGUGAGCACAAAUGCCACACAACCCCUCAGUGAAGCAGGUCCUCAUGUUGCACUUCCACAUAAACUAUACCCCCCAAGAAAAGUGGACAUAUGUAAAUUAGAGCAACCAAAACACGACCAAACUGAAGCUGGUGUUGGUUCUGUCCUCACUGCCUCCUUCAGUCUCUUUUGUUUUUAUCGAUGAUAUUUUCCUGAAGCACAUCGGUGUCACAUCUUUAAAGUUCUCCAACCCAAACAGCCUCUAGUAAGUAAGUAAAGUUUAUUUAUAAAGCGCUUUUUACAGAUAAAAAUCACGAUUAAAAGUAAAAAAGUACUGUUCAUAAAAUAAGUGCAAUUAGAUAAACAUAAAAUGGUACAAAAGAUAAAUACAUAUACAUACACUAGGGCUGCACAAUAUAUCGUUGACUUUGCAUGUGCUGUGCAGCGAUCCACCAAUCACAUUCGUUCUGUACUCAGUUGCCAAUCAGACUACCCUGCCAGCCGUCAAUCAAAAUUUGAGAGGAGGAAACCCCGCCCCCUGUACAUGGAGUGAGUUGCUGGCGCUGCUGGUGUUGUGCUAAUAGACGCGUGUCCGCUGAGAAUUACUUUGGGAACAUUCCUCAUCACUGUUUAUCCCCACAAAUAAGAACUGUAUGGGUUUGAAAUUGUAUAUUUCUGUGGACCAUUCUACUAUAAGCGGUGCGCGUUUCUGCGAGGUGGAUGCAAUUCUUGGCAUGCAUGUGUUUCUAAGCACAACACUAACGAUUGCAAAAUCAGCAACGAACAAAAGAAAACCACAGAAGAUGAAGACUUGUUGACAAAAAUACAAGCAACACCACUUAUCUGGUAUUAUUUCGGUUAUAAGAAGGAUGAUGUCGACUAAAACACACGUUCUGUGUUCAUCUGUUUCCGCAAUAACGUCCCAGCACAAUAAAAACUAAAAAUAUCUCUAAGACAGAGAGAAGCCAUUCUACAAACAUUCACUAAAAGAGGGAAGAUCAGUGCAGGUUAACUGUCCUCAAGAUUUCAGCAGAAAUUGAGAUUCAGCUCAUCUGAUAAAAGUUCCUUGAUUUUUUUUUUUAAUAUCGCAGGGUUGAAAAAAAAUUACAAUUUUAGUUUUUUCCAAUAUCGUGCAGCCCUAAUAUACACAAAUACAAAUACAGUAGAGUUGAAUAUGGAAAUAAGUGCAGGUAUAAAAGAAGUAAAAGAGACAAACAAAACCCUGUUCAUUGAAAGCUUGUCUAAAUAAAGAGCCUUUAACGUAUUUUUAAAAGGAUCCACUGAGUAGAUCAAAUGGAGGGAGAAGGGCAAAUUGUUCCAGAGUCUGGGGGCUACGGUCUUCGGCACCAUUAGGAGGUUCUGGCCUGAUGACUGAAGGGUGCGGCAUGGGGAGUAGGGGCACAACAAAUCAGUGAUAUACUGGGGGGCCUGACCAUACAGCGCCCGGAAAGUCAGAACAAAAAUUUGAAAACUAAUAUGAAAAUUGACCGUUAGCCGAUACAGGAUGAGAUAAAUGCAUGAAUGAUUAAUUCAAGAUCUGGUUUGGACAACAUUCUCCUCACUUUAGAGAUAUUUCUCAGCUGAUAAAAACUAUUUUUGGUCAGCUGUCGAGAAUGAUCCUCUAAGGCAGUGGUUCUCAACCGGGAGGCGGGGGGGGCUCACCGGCUAUUAGUACAAAGGAGAAGUAGCAGAGUCCCAAGCGGUUGGAAAUAGACCAAUUUACAGCUGACCUCAUCCAGAAGCUGUUGCACGGCAUGGCAAGUGUCAAUAAAAGUUUCUUACUAUUUUGCCUCAGCCAGUCCAACGACCAAGUAAACAGGACAAGCAUCCUGCUUCGACCGACCAGUGACGAUCAGUCUCUACAGGGAGAGAGGCUCACACACUGAGGAUCCUUCAUAUCGUUACACACACACACACACACAGAGCAGCGAUCUGAAGUACACAUCGAUAUUAACUGUAUAAACUUCAUUACCAGUAUCCUUCAUCUACACACUUGUCUCCUCUCAUCCACACAGACCCACCUGUGUUCACUAAGCUACAGCUUUCACAGGAGCUCAUCACACCACACCAUUGUUUAACGGAGAUCGGACAUAAAAUAAAGGAGAAAACAUGACCACAAAAAAUAUAAAACGUCCUCAUCUCUGUCCACCACACAUCUGAGCAGACAUAAUUGAUCAAACCUUGAGGAAGUAUUUCUUACCUUCACUCUGGAGUCUAAAACAGUCAGCAUUAUCAGUCAUCCAGCUCCAGCAGUUUAAUAAUCCAUCGAUAUUAUUCACAUCCCAUUUCUCGCGGUCAGUGCGUUUCAUCCAUUUGCAUUGUGUGAAAAAAGUUUUAGCUUGCUUUAGCUUCAGGUGUCCUGAUAGAGACCAACAGCAGGAGCAUCACUGGACUUGGUACCGAGUCCAGACCACAGGUCCAGACAGGCCGUGACUGACUCACUGCGUCAGAACCGCAUUUGGUGGGGCCCAGCUCGCAAAAGGUUGAGAACCCUUGCUCUAAGGACAUGAUUAAAAACAACCCUGAGGUUUCUGAGGCUGUUUUUCACAGACGGGGCCCAGAGCUCAAAGGAGAUUUUUGAUCAAAGGGAUUUUUUCAUCAGAUGAUCAAUGAUCAGCCUCGACCACCAGAGGACCUCCUCAAUCAUCAGGGAGAUAGUCAGUGUCUGUGUGCUGCCUGCAGGGGGCAGUAUUGUAUGAUGGGUGUGUCAGGUGUUCAGUGACUCACAGAGGCAGAGGAACAUGUGAUACAACAGCUGCUGUAACCCAGGCUCCAGGAGGAAGUGCUCCAGCAUUUAGACUGAGCCCUCCUCAGACGCCCCGCUGUGAUCCGAGACAGUGACUCAGAGUAAACUGUGGAGCGCCACUUUAGGAUUAUUUCAGGACAGCCAUAUUUGGACCUGAGACUUCCUAAACCAGACCCAAGAUUUGGUCAGAAACAGGAGCACUUACACGAAAUCACACACCCGCCUGACGUGAAAAUUCUUCGGACUGCUCCUUUAGUCCAUCAGACUCUGAGGAAUGGGGUUGGUUUUAUUUCUGACCCUGCAGUUGCCCCAUAACCCCGCCUACUCCCUGCUGUGAGUAACCAUGACAUCACAACCUGUCAGCGCCACACACAAACACACACACACACACACACACCCACACACAGCAUGCACCACACGUAGCACACACACACGCGCACACACACAGAAAUGCCUCUGAGAUGUUACGGGCUCAGCCAGGAAAUGUCAGGGGUAACUGUGUGUGUGUUUCUGUGUUGUUACUAUAUGUGUCCACAAAGUAGUGAAUGGCUAUAAUAGGCUAUGUGAGCCUGUCACACACAAACACACACACUUCCACAUGUGUGUGUGUGUGUGUGUGUGAGAGAGACUCUGGAGUGGAAAUCGCCACAGACUCAGAAUUACUUCAAAACCCACUGACUGUAAAAACACUUGACUCUGAUCAACAGUCAACCUGAGUGUGUGUGUGUGUGUGUGUGUGUGUGUGUGUGUGUGUGUGUGUGUAUGUGUAUGUGUGUGUGUGUGUUCAGGUUGCUGCGUCGUCUGGCCACUCUGCUCUCCCAGCAGGCUUCGCUCAUGGCGUCCAACGAAGCCUUCAAGAAGCAGGCCGAGGGUGCCAGCACCGCUGCCAAGAAGUACAUGGAGGACAACGAGGCGCUGCAGGAGGUGACACACUCUUACACACACACACACACUCUUCACACACACACACGCACACACACACACACUCAGAAUGUCUCUGUGAAACUCAUCAGGGUGAAACUUUUAAAAAUCAGACCGAGAGGGAAACGGUUUUUCUUUAAGAUGCUGCUGUUGGUGCGACUCACCUGCGGGGGGCAGCACUGACCUGCAGCUGCUCUGUCAAACACUAGAAGGAUUCAUAAAGUGACACAGUGUGUUUCAUUCAGGAUGUGCACACACUCACUCUCACACACACACACACACACACACACACACACACACACACACACACACACACACACACACACACACACACACUCUCUCUCACACACCCUUUCUGUGGUAAUCUGACCUGGGUUUGUGCGGGGUGAAGAGAUCACCAAGUCCCCAGCUGCUAAAAGGAGAAAUUGCUUCAUCUACAUGUGACAGUCAUUCACACACACACGCAGACACACACACAUAUAUACACACACACACACACACAGUGUUGUUGUGUGUUUCAGGAAGCUUGAGGGUAGAGUGGAUUCAGUGUGAAACAGUCAGGAAGUUUUUCAGGUUUUCUGUCUUGAACUCUGUGACACUAAGGAAUCGGAUCAGAACCACUCUUCUGUGCCACAGUGAAACUUACAGAUCAUUAUUGUUACUGUAGAAAGUUCCAGAACCAAACUUUGAUUCGGAUCAUAAACGGGCCGUGAAAACUCUGGACUGUUACGGUGGUUCUGAGCAGAAUUAGUUAGUUUGGAUUUAUUAAACUCAGAGACUCUCUGAGGUUAGAAUCGUCCUCACAGCAGCAAUAGUAUGUCUCUUAGUUCCAGACCCAAAACUCAGAACCAUAGCUAACACAUGUUGGCGUUUUCUGGAUCACAAACCCUUUUGUUGUAAUGAUAAAUUAGACGUACACUUCAUACUCUUGGUCUUCUCUGUCUUCUGCUCCGAAGGAUGUGAAACAAGUUUUAUUCUCAGGUUUAUUGUAUUCAUGGACCUCGUCAACAUGUUUUCUAAACCUUGACUCUGACCCCCAAUUUCCACCUCAUCCUUAACGUCUACGAAAAGGUUGUAUCCUCCGAUCGUAGUUGAUUGUAACCAUUUAAGUUAACGUGUCAAUUUCCACCGGCUUCUUUCCGCUCCUCUGCGGAUCGCUGGACUCCACAGCUGAUCGCAAGAGUUCUAUUUUUUUUUAAUUCAGCACAGAAUAACCCAUGCUGGAAAGGAAAUCAGGCACAGACACAAAAUAAAACAUCUGUCUUCUUUUCAAAAUAAAACACCAAUGACACCCUGGAUAAGGAAAUGCUGAUUCUAGUCUAGAAGUAGAUUUCCUCCUCUGGAAGGACACAAUCUACCGCUAUGUGGCUGUCUUUAUAGAGACAACUUGUUGUCGCGCAAUUGAACAUGAAUCUACGAGUUCUGAUAAGUUCUCGCAAUUACCGCUGUCCGUAAUCCGUCACGAAAUUUGCCUCACAAACGGAGCCAGUAGGAAUUGGCAGACGGGGAAAAUUGCUGCCGUUCCGGAUCUGAGCGGUUCCUGAUUAGCUGAAAUUUGGGGGUUAGAGUCUGUAGAUGAAAAAUGUGAAGUUACUCGGUAUGAAGGUUCUGUCAGAGAGGUUCUGAGGAGUCUGCCGGUGUGUACUUUACCUGUUCGCUGAACGCAGUUUCAUAUGGAAAUCUGAAUUAGGUUUCUGUUUUUAUGAGUUUUUGAUAAUGAUCAGGAAUAUUUGGUCUGCAGCAGGAGUCACCUGCUAUCCGGGUCAGUCUUUACCUGAAUGUUCAACAUUUUAAACCAGAACUGGGCCAAUGUUUGAGGAAAACUCAGAGCAGGUUUUUAAAAGGUAAAGGUUCAGAGUCUUAAAGGUGGGGUAGUCAGGAUCUGAGGAAGUUCCAGUUUUUAGAAGAAAUUUUGAAUGUAAACUCUACCCCUCCCAACCAGUUUUCCCCUCAGCUCCUACUCCCCCCCCGCUCUGCUCCAGCAAGCCCCACCCACAAACAGACGCUCGUAUCGUUCCAAUUAAAUUCAGAUAUAAUGCAGAUAAAUACUUCAGAUAAUUACAAAUGGGGCCCAGUCAACGUGAAAGAAAAAAGCAAGAUCCCCAAGCGUCCCCCAUCGUUUAUGUUGACCCGGCUUUUUAGCUCUUGUCCGGUCUACCUCCGUUUUAAGCGCCCGUUAUUCCUCCAGAGUCUCCGGUAUUUACUUUGUUUUCUUGCUUGUGUCGGCAGUCGUGGCCAAAGGAGGAUUCAGACAAUUUUCCAAACUUUCUGGUUGGUUUCUACUGUCCGAUAUUGUAGCACGUUAACUUUGUUUGGGCUCCUGAUCGACACCGGGGAGCCGCGUCUGCCUCACAACCAAUCAGGAUGGGGAAGUGGAGAACAGCUUUGUUUACAGUCAGAAAGAGCGGACCGCUCAAAAAUGUUAAAAUGUGGACUACACAGACAUAAGAGAACACAGCAAUAUCGUUAUAUUCCCAAAUGUCAUCAAUAACUAGUAACUAUUGACAGAUAUUAAAAGAUUUUUUGUAAAUACACCACAAAAAAAAGGUCGUAGUCGGAAUCCAUUUAAAAAAAAAAAAAACGGUUAAACCAGUUAAUCAGCAUGACAUUAGACAGGUUUAUUAUUGAUUCACAUCAACUCUGUAUGAGGAUGGAAAGUCAAAUAAAAUUGAAAAAAAAAUCACAGUGACACUUUCUUUAAAGGUGUGUGUGUGUGUGUCUGCAGACCUGCAGGAAGCACACGUGUCUCUCUGAUCGUCGUCUCUAUUUCUAACUCGAUGGUGUAAUUUUACUGCAGACUAUUACUCAAGGUGACACAACUCACUGAGUGUGUGUGGGUGUGUGUAUGUGUGUGUGUGUGCACAUGCACACGUGCAUGAAGUUCAUAAGUCAGACAGUGUUACAGGUCGCUGCUGUUAGGAUGGAUAACCUGAUUCCGUCUUGUGGAAUGUUAUUGAAACGGUUUGAUCGUAAAAAGUUCAAAAAUUAAAAUCUGUUAAAAAUAAUCUGUUAAUAAGUAUAGUAAUAAUAAAAUCAUACUUUAAAUUGCAGUCCAGUAAAGACGUCAACUUAAAGUAUUGACGUUUUGUGGUUUUCUGAAGUAAAAGUAAAGAGUAAAUCUGUUACUCUACAUCUAGAUUAGAGUUUUAUAGAUUUUUUGAAAGUUUGAAGAGCUCAUCGAUGACUGUGAGUGUAAAACAUGAAGUAAAUCCUCAGGACUGUUGCGGGUUUCCUUUGGUGUUUACUGACCUUUAUCGUUUCCCGUGUUGAUCAGUCCCAAUGUGGAUCCUGUUGAACUUCCUGAACUGGAGACCCUGGGCUCCUGGAUUUCAGAGCAGUAAAACCAGAGUUUAUGACCCUCAGCCAAAGGUCUGAAGAUCAGCACCUGCUUCUCUCUGUCACACAGAGAAACCUCAGGAGCCUCAGGCUGAUCAAUAAACGUUAUCCAAACAGAGAGGGAAACUGUUUUUGAAAAUCAUAAAGUCUGAAACCUGGAAACAGAUCGGUGCACCACAUCAGACCAGUUAACUGUUCUUUAUGGAUCUGGUUAUGACUUUACAGAACUUCUUAGAACAUUUGUUUGUUUGAACCAGUCAGAUAAUAUAGACUGAAACACAUAGAUGCUGAAAAUUAAACCUUUGUCUUUAUCAAACCAAACAAAUAGAUUUUACAGAUAUUACUAUAACACUCAGUGUGUUUACAUGCACAGUUUAAUUGGACUAAGCUCAUAAUUCGUUUUUUUUUUUGCGGAAUCAGACUUCUCUCCUUGUCUGUGUAUACAUGCAGCUAAGAAAAUCGAAUUAUUGAUGUGAAUGGGUCUUUUCCGCUGCUGUUUUUGACCCCAUACAACCGUCAACAACAACAGCAGGUUUGUGCCAGAUUUCAGAAGUGUCCACAACUGCUGCUGGGCAUUUUGGUACAAGAAGAUGGAACAUCGUACAGCACUGUUUUUGUCCUACAUGAUGGACGCGCUACUUUUUCUGCAGAUGAGGCACACGCUACUCCUCUUCUCUGGUGUUUUUGUUCCGGGGUUAAGGAGGCGUGGCACAUGCGCACAUGCAUUGUUGAUUAAUUCCGACUAGGCUGGUUACAUGGUAGAGAAAAUCGCCUUCCAAUCACAUUAUUUUGGUGUCAUAAUCAGAGUUCUCCAAUUCCGAUUAUAGUCGGACUAAGGUUUUUACAUGCACUUCAGUUGUCCGGUCUUAAGGUCCUUUCACACCGGGACCUUUUUUGUCAUGCGAUAUUGCAGCAUUCAUUUUUUCCAGAUCACUGUCGAUUUUUCUGAAGUUUUGCAUACUGUGUGUCCACUUCUGACCAAUCAGAUUGUGUGUUGUUGCGACAUCUGAUCACCGGUAUAUCCAACAUGGCCGACUGGCUGAUUGUUUACGUGUCGGAGAACAGAGUGCUUUAUGAUAAAAGACACAAAUAUUACAAAGAUAACGACCUGAAAGACAACUUGUGGAGAGUCAUAGCGUCGGAUCUCUCAUAUGACGAUGGUUUGUGUGCUUUAUCAGUUUGCUAAACGUGUUUGUUUUAACUUUCAUCUGUGCUAACGUAAGCUAACAGUUGUUACUGUAGUUUAAUGUGCUUAUCUUAUCCUCUGAUUAAAAUUGCUGACCAUUUGGCUUGAGGGUCUGAUGACGUUUCCAGCUUUUCUAGCCAAUUAGUGUCUUCUCCGGGAUGCGACCCCCCCACCCCCACCCCCACCCCGUCAAAAUUCGCCUCCGAAUAUUUCGUAAUGUCGCGUUCUACAUUCGCAUCAGCCCUGGUGUGUCAGGACCUUUAACCGGAAUAAGGCGAUAAUUCCAUUUUCUCGAGUGUCAUGUAAACGUACUGAGUGUUGGGAUAUUUGGACGCUGUGUCACACAGAAUUUUAAGGUUUUAUAAUCAUUUAAAGUCUUAAAUAUAAACAGUGUGAGGAUGACAUUAUUAUUAAAACUGAAAAACUUCAUGUUAAAUAAAAAUAUUGGAUAAUUUUAAAUUUGACGAGAAUGGGACAACAUUUGACUUUUGGGUCUUUACAGUAUAUGUAAAUGAAAACCAUCAAACUCUUUUUCUUAUCAAUACUUCACAGAAAAUACAAGCUGUCAGCCAAUUAGAGAGCAGGAUGUGUUACUGUACUGCAAGAUGGUGAAAGUGCUGUUGGCCAAUCAGAGAGCAAGAUGAGUUACUGUAGUGUUAGACGGUGAAAGAGCUGUCAGCCAAUCAGAGAGCAGGAUGUGUAAGCCAGCAGGAGCAGCUGUGAGAGUGAGGUCAGUGUGGGAGGUGAGGAGGCGUUUGGUAUGAACACCUGUCGCUCCCUCCCUGAGAAUCUGCAGCAGCUCUCUCUCUCGCUCUCUCGCUCUGGUUCUGGUUUGUUGUUGUUUUUGGAUCCUAGUUUCUGUCUUUCUCAGUUCGUCUCAUUCUCUUUUCCUCGUUGGCCUCUUGUGUCACGAGUUCAAGUCAGGACUGUAGUCGACUGAAACCCCUGUAACAUCUCAGAGGCAUUUCUGUGUGUGUGUGUGUGUGUGUGUGUGUGUGUGUGUGUGUGUGUGUGUGUGUGUGUGUGUGUGUGUGUGUGUGUGUGUGUGUGUGUGUGUUAACAUCUCGAAUCCACACACACUUUUAGUCGGUUCUGGUCCAAGUCUCGACUCUGCAGACCCUCUGUCAGACCUCUGGACCUCCGGCAAUCCUACGUGGCUCCAUUAAUAUAGUUUACAGUUUCUCAGGAACUAUACUGUGAAUCUCUACGGGAUAAAAAGUGUUCAAAAGCUUACCCUUUUGGCGAUCUAUCAAGGGUUUCCGGACAUUUCUACACCUGCCACAAGGUUUACAAUCAAGCACACAAAUAGGUGUUUGAUCAGAAACGUUUGAUGGUAAAUCUGCAGUGAUAUACCGGUGAAAACAUGAUUAUUUAUCAGAUUGUUGUGAUUAAAAAAAAGAUCGCUAUCGCUAAAUGCCGCUAAUGUCUUCUGGGUUUGACAAGCUGUUCUGAUGACGUCUUUUUCUGUCAAACUUUCGACCAAUUACAGUACAGGGUCUCAUAUUCUUCUUCUAUUGUUCCCUUGACAUUAGUGUCCAAUAAGAGACGAGAAAGUUCCCUGCUUGUCCCCAAAAUAAGAAAUAAUGGUCCUUGAUGUUGGGGAAACAAGCUAAGAGGAGAUAAUGAGCAGUAUGAUGUUGUCCUCUGUCUCACUUCACACAGGAACUGUUUCAAGGAGUGGCAUAAACAACUGUAAAUAGUAAAAAAAAAACGCCUGGAAGAAUUAGUGUAAAUAUGUCAAUAGUUUCUGUUGUGUGUUUGUUCCAAUCCCAGUAUUUCUUCUCCUGAUAGCCAAGACUUGAGAGAAUGAUGUGCAGGUGAGAAAAGGCUUGGUCACAGUAGAUUUAUGUGUUUUUUAGGAAAGUACUGUUGGGAUCAGUUUCCGUUUUUGUUUUUUGGUUGACUUUGAUGGUUCUGAAUCUACUACUGCUCCAUAAACUGACAGCUGAGGUUGUCCUGAAAAUAAAGAUGUGGAUAUAUUGGCUGUGCUUGAAAGGAUUGAGUUGAUACAAUGAUAGCAAAAUAUAGCUGGGAGUUCAAAGGGUUAAUGUUUGUGUUAACAACUUCAUGACAGUCAGGAGAUCUCCCUGAAAACACCUGGACCUGUUCCUAUGCCCCCCUGAAACCAUGUAGGGGCUCAGGGAAGGGUCAGGGGUCUGAUGUGGACUAAAAAAAGUCCACUGUGCCAUUCUCAGACAGUCUGUGGACAGAUACUUAACGAGUUUUUCUGUAGACCAUAAGGAUCUUGAUUCCCUAACCCUCGGUUCCUGUUAAUUGUCCCCAAAACGGACAUGCAGAUAAGUGUUAGUUAAAUAAACGUUUUUAAACAUUUUUUUUUUCUUUUUUGACUCCGAUCCCUUAAACAACUUCAGCCCUAACCAUUAAAAAAGGUAAUGAAUGAAAAGUUCGAUGUAUUAACUAAUAUUAAUUAAUAUUUAUUCAUUCUAAACAGCUAAGUCUAUUGGAGCGGAAAAACACGCCAUUUUCACCUCCUUUUCUCGAGUCUCGUCCUCUACCAAAUCAAAUGAUUGAAUUCAUUUGUUCAUAUUAAAUUAAUUUUAUAUAUUGGCAUAUAAAAUCAGAGGAUAUAUGUAAGAUAGGAAUCAUUUACAAGUGGUUAUCCACCUCUAACCAAAAUGUGACUGCGAUUACACUGAUUGUGCGCAUGUAGAAAAUAACUGCAUAUUUGAGUAGUGAUAUCUUAUCACCUAAUGAUCUGAAGGACCUGUUCAUCCUCAUGCAUGUCCAUCCACUUGCUUCAAAGUGAGGACAAAGUUGAAAUUGUCCAAAUGUCCCCCUCUCUUUGUCCCACACUGCAGAACUUGGAUGUCAGAUUUUCGACUGUAAAAACUUCACUCACGGCUUGCCGGGUUAUAAACAUGGACGCAGAUUUGCACCCGUGCACACAGACAGGAGCACACAAACUUUUCCUUACACACAGAUCCCACUCUUAGACAUCCAUAUCUAGUGGCAUGUAAAGUUUCAUUCAUUUCUGAUGAUGUUUAGUGGAUGAAUCAGCACUUCAAACACUCUCAGUCCAUGAAUGAAGACUUGCGUGCGCGGCACUGAAGGGGUUAAAAUUAUGUGCUGGCUCAAUCUGUUGUAUCACUUUUGGAAAGUCAAAUUUAGAGUCCUGGGGCCGUAUGCACGUUGCUUGGCAAAACUCCUAAACGCCAAAAAUGUCGGUAUGCACGUCACUUCGUAUAGCCGUUCCUAUACGGAUUUUCGCGUUUAAAGUUAUCGCACCUCUGGGGGUCCAAUAGCGGGUCUAAACGCGUUUAAAUACGGCGGCACUCUUGUUGUUCCAAGGAAGACAGCGGCGACAAUUGCGUCGAAACAGGAUUUUUCAUGACAGAAAACACCCCUUCGACAUGUAUGACGACCACGAAGUGUUCCGUAAGUUUAGAUUUCGACAGCACCAUAUUCUCGACCUCACACAGGAGAUUUCCGCUGAAAUUGAACUUUCGAACCGAGGAUUCACUCACCUUACGGUACUACGCCACUUCUUCUUUCCAAGACGUGUGUGGGGAGUUGGUAGGAGUGGAUCAGUCGACAGUCAGUCGAACCGUCACUCGAGCGUCACUCGACCCGUUUAAGACACAGUAAACGCGGUUAGCUAUACGGUUCUGUUUACAGCAUUGUGCAUACCAAAAUCGUAUAGGAACUAAACGCGUUUAAGCCCUAAUCGCGUUUACGCUAAACGCUUUCAACGUGCAUACGGGCCCUGGUGAUCAACUGACUGCAAAAAAAGGGUUGUAAUAUGUUGUUAUGGUGCCAUAAACACAUGGUCAAAAAAAACAGUUUUUAAUGGAAGUCCAUUGUCCGAUUUGCAGACAAAGGAGGGUGGGUGGAGCUAAAAUGUGGCGACGGAGAACUACAGGUGACACAGAGUUUUUUUAAUAUACAGAAAAAUAAGAACUCUCACCAAAUUGGAUUUUCUAAUCUUUAAAAAUGUGACUGUCAGCUCAAAACAAAGAGGAAAAAACUGACAAAUGUCCUUAAAACGGACAGAGUAGGAACCAAGGGUUAAAGUCGUCCCACUUUCUCUGGUCUGAACAGAAACUACGUGAAGCCGGUCUGGAGGUCCCAGAGGGCGGGAAGAAGGGACCAGGACCUCAGGAGGAGAACCGGAACCUAAAAGAGGAAGUGAAGACCCUGAAAGAAGAGCUGGACUCCACCAAGAAAGGUGAGGAAGAGAAAGACUCAGCACUACACACACACACACAAACAGCUGUUUGUUAGCUCAGAAUGAGAUCUGCGCUCUGAUACGUCGGUUGUUUUUACGUCCUGCAGCUCUGCAAAAGUCCGACAGCGAUGUUCGUGCGAUGAAGAAACAGGCAGAGAAUCUGACGGUGGAGUACGACCGACUGCUGGAGGAGCACAGCAAACUGCUGGUAAACGCACACACUCACACAAGCACACUCUUACACACACACUCUCUGUGUUCCUCUUUCCUCUGUCAAACUGAGACUCUGAAUGUCUCUGAAGUCCGCCGGAGUCCGGCCCUCUUCUGUGUGUGUGUGUGAAACUGUUUAUUUACAGUGAAGCCGAGACUGACGGGGUUUAUGUGGGCGGAGUCAACAGAGUCCCUCCUUCAUCCUCAGGUUGAAGGAGAGGUCAGGAGGUCAGGUACAGUUAAAGGUCAAUGUUAGAGGUCAUCAGAGACUAAUCUACAAAGAAAGACUGAAGUUUAUCUGUGAUAUCAGCGAGCGAGCAAGCGUGCGUGCUCAUUGUAACAGCAGCUGGUCCACCUUAAAUCAGCCUGACAGAGCCACACACACACACACAGAGCGAAGUGGUUAUGUAUUAUGCAGAAACACACACACACAAAGACACACGACUGCUCCGUUAUUUACAUGAGUGCAGAGUUUCACACAUGAAGGCCGACAGAAACAUGAGUCCUCCAGGUCUGUUAGAGUCCAGAACCAGAACAGAAGAUCUGGGAUGAUCUGCAGACAUGGAUCUGUCUGUUCUUCUGUCUGUGUUCGUCAGCAUGUCUGUAUUUUAGUUGUAUUUAACUAGUGCUGGGCGAUAAAACGAUAACGAUAUAUAUAAAAAACUAAUUUCCCUCAAUAUUGAUAUAAAACAUUGUCAAUACACUAUUUCAAUAGUCUGCAUUAAAAAUGAGAAAAGUUCGUUUUCCAGGAUUUAGCUGGUUUAAAGUGGUAAGGUGUUCAGUGUGUGUCCUCUUUAAAAGACACGGAUGUCCAGUUUAGUGGAUUUAUUUGACUGUGGUUCUGCAACAAUUAUUACAGAUCACACCAUACAGAGUAUGAACAUGGAGUAGCAUGAGAUAGCAUUAGUCAUAUUCACGGUAAACAAUAAACAUCAACACAAUAUAACAUCCAACAGUAAAUCAUCAUCAAACUCACUUCUGACAUUAACUCACAAUAAACCCGGAUGUGAAGGUGAAUAUUUGGUAAAAACAGGUAAGAGGAAAUUUAUAAACUAUCCUCUGCUGCAUGAGGAAGAAAACUAAACUUUCAGCAUCUCACACACAGGAACACCUAUGGUGCAUUUAUGAGUGUAGGACAAAUGAAAACUCACCGUAAAACACAAAAUAACUGAACGGUAUUUACUUGAAAACACCUAAACAACAUGGACUUUCUAACGGACAUUCUGUCAUGUUUUGGUAGACUAUACGAAUAGCCAAUGAAAAGGAGAAUUGCUCUGGGUCCACUUCGCGCUGAACCAAUCGUGCUGAAUUAGAACCAAGUAGCAAACAACUGUGUAGUAGCAGACAGCAGCUACACCCAACCAUAACACUUUAAUGGUGAAGCCGACAGCACCAUUGGUGAGAAAAGAAGAAAAUAAGUGCUACCCCCGACAGAAAUGAUGAUGAAGGAUCAACAGAUGAUGACAUCGUCGACAACACUGGCACGACAAUGUCGGUGGUGUGGAGGUAUUUUGUUUUUUAUGAGGUUGGACAUGAAGAAGAGUAAUGUGUACUGCAAAUUAUGUUGAGUACAUGUUCUCAUAAAGUAGACGAAUACCUUAAAUCUUUGUCACUACCUGAAGCAGCGCCACGCCGCAGAGUAUGCACAACGCAAAAGGUUCUCUAGCGCCUACGACAAAACAUCAAAGAGACACAAAGACCUCACAGAUGCAGUAGACUAUUCAGGGUUUUUCCUGGCUCAAAUUGAGGCGGAGGUGGCACCAUCCUGACCAUGCGCCACGACGUGCAUGUAUUUGUAAAUUCAACCGAUUCACUUUCUUUUACAGGCAACAUACUUUAAGUUAAGAGUUCAAAAAGAGUGUGACCAUUAUUAUGUUAAAGCAUUCAUUUAUUAAAACUAUAUACAUACACAAAUCAGCUGGCAACUUUAAAUUAAAAGUACACUUCAUCCACACAUCUCGCAACCAGACAGAACAUUUCAGCCUCCUCUUUUUCAUUCUGUAGAACCUCCUCAUGCACUCCUUGUAGUCCAAGGCCUCCUGGUCUGGUCCAUCAACGGCCACCUUACAACAGACAUCCAAGUGCCUCUCCUUCAGUCUGUUCCACAGAGGUGUCUUCACCUUAAACAAAACAAUUCAUCAUGCAUUAAGUAAUUUUGUUUUUAUUCUGAUACAGACAUGAAGAGUGAUAGUGUUUUCAAUCAUAUAUAUGUAUACGCUGCAGUGUCCUCCCUAAAAAAAAAAAAAAACGACAACCAAUUAUUUCUUAAACUAUCUAAACUAUGUUAUUUUUUUUUUGUAACUUUAUUAGUUGAGUUUUUUUUAGGUACUACCAUCUUUAAUAUAUUUCUCCUUCUCUUCUGCUGCUUUGUGAACGGCUGUCACCUCAUGUCUUUUUAAUGUGUCCAGCCUGUAGUUGGUUGAUGGCUGUCUCACUAAGGAGGCAGCAAUUGCCUGCUGUGUUGGGGCACAGUGCUUUUGGCAUAAAUAGCAGUGCAUGCCUUCCUCAGUAUGCCUGAGCCAGGUAAAUUGAUUGAGCCACUGCUUGUCAAAGCCACUGGCUCUGUGUUUUUGAGAAGAUCUGGAAAGAGGAAUAAAAACCACGUACACGUCGGCUUUGCGUUGUUAUGCUCCUAAUUGGAAACUAAUUAAUUAAUUACCCUCGCCUCGCCGACUCGUCCUGUCCUGCAUUCUGACCCUCGCGAUCACCAGUCCCUUGUGAAGUACUUUCAGACCUGACACAAAUUUCCACGUUGUCACCACCAUGAAUUAUAGCAUUUUAACUGCCUAUUACGUUUUUUCUCUGCUGUGUUUCACCUGGACUCUUGACUUUCCUCCUCGCGAGGUCGCUUUUUAAAGUACUGGCUGAUUUUGCCUGUCAUAACUGCAACGCUAAAAACGGAGUAAACUUUUUUUUUUAAAAAUAAACACGACAUGCUUGGAUGCAAAAAAGAGAAGCAGUAUUUACCUGUUUGUACCAUCCGCCAGGGAAAAUCAGGACGCCGACAGCACCAACUAGCGGGAAAAAAACUUGAAAAAACAUGAGUCGAUCCGUUUCUUCUUCGGUAGAUGCUUCAGGUCUUUCCGGUGCACUGCUGUUGAUAUAGCGCCUCUAUAGUGGCGCAGCGCUGCAACUGCAGUUAAAAUACGUUGCUGCUGCAUCGGGACAUCAGUCGCUCAAUCAACACAGCUGGAGCUUUACGCUGUGUUGAGCGAAAUCAAUCGCUCUGGCUGGGGGCGGCACAAAAUUAGGUGGAGGCGGCCGCCACGCAAUUUUGAACGCAGGAAAAACCCUGCUAUUGUAUUGGAAAAGACAUGCUACCAAUAAACACUGUUACAUUUCAUUUUUUAUAUCGUGAUAUCUAUCGAUAUCGACUGAUACGAAAAAAAUAUAUCAUGACAAACUUUUUCACAUAUCGCCUAGCCCUACUGUGAAUUAGUUUCUCCUUCUCUGAUGGUUAGCUACUCCGCCAUGUUUCAGAUUUAUCACAUGAACUUUAUUUUAUCACUAAUCAACCUUUUUGUUCUCAGACUGAAUUUAGAGAAAAAGUCUUUUAAACGUUUUUUUUUUUUCUGUAUCUGAAAAUAAAAUAAGGAAAAUUAAAUGAAAUCAAAAAUUAAGGGUGUGAGCGCACACAGAUCUGCUGAUCUGAAGAUCAUAAAGUCCAUUUCUAACUGGGCAUUUAAACGUCAACUGAAUGCAGAUACAGCUUCCGAUUGGUCAACAGACCAAAACAAAGAUAGACGCCUCUAUGUAGCCCUGGCUGUGUCCUAAAUGGAUUCCUAACCCCUAUAUAGGGGGGUUAGUGCCAUUUUAAGGGGUGUCCGAAAUCUUAGUGAUCAAUUCCAAUGCCCCAUAUAGGCGACUCAAAAUUUCCCCUAGGGCACUGCAAAAUGUAGUGACCAUCCGAUGGUCACUCACCGGUGGUGGGCAUCCCAUCAUGCAUUGCGUCUCCAGCGCCAAUUCAAAGAUGGAGAUGACGAGAGCAAGAAGAGACAGAGCCAGAGCUCUAUUUGCCAUUUUCAGCAUAAGUGUUUUAUCUUCACUCGCAAGUGAUCCGUACAGUUUUCCAAAAACAAUUGCUUGCUGUGUCAUAUAGUCUUGUGCACAAUAUGACGCAGCAAACAAUAUUCAGCACGGAAAUAUAAGGCCUUUUUAAAUAAAUUGUUAAUUUAUUGGUUUUUUUUUUUAUUAUUUUUAUUUCACAAACAUCCUGGAAAAACAAAUACAUCUAUACAACAUCUUAAAAUUCAAGAGAUGUGAAAACAACAGCGGCAGUCUGAGCAGUGACGUCACAACGGUGCACCAUGUAGUGUCUGAAACCUCCGGUGAUUAAGCUCACGACAUAAUCAGCUAUAUAGGAGGGUAUAUAGCUGACUAUAUUUGAGUCAGGGAUUGAGUGAUUCAUUUCGGACACAGCCUUUGUCAGCUAACAACAGAAAAGUCACUCACUCUGUUUUCUUUGUCUGCAGGCGACCAGCGAUAAGAAGUCUGACUGAGAAGAACAGAUGGUCUUCAGCUCCUCAUGUCUUCUGCACCUUCACCGUCCUCGGCUAAAACACUGCGGCCCCUCUCAUCAUCCUGCUUGGCGAUGUGACGUCACUUCCACUCCUGAUUGCAUCACUGGGCUGUGAUUGGUUCAUUUCUAUCCAUCAGACUGUCGGAGCUUCAGCAGGAGAGAAGAAGAAGAUCGUUUCAUUGUGACUUUCUGAGUUUGUUUCCUUUUUUUCUGGUUUUUCUCUCUUUGGGAACAUUUUCAGUGUUCGUUCACGAAUCCGAUCAUUCCCUGAAAAAACAAAAAUGCAAAAACUGUUUCCUGCAGGAACUAAAACUUUUAUUCCAAAACCCCGGAGGUCCAACGUCUUUGAGGAUUCCAAUCAAACAGUUACACCUGUUGGACCAAAGUCUUCAGAGCGGAUAUCUGAGUGUGUGAUCUGUGGAUGAAUCCCUGAAAUGAUGAAUAAAUGAGUGUAAGAGAGAGGCUGAUGAUUAAACCUGCAAACUGAGGUCUCUGCUCAAAUCCAGUUUUAAUUCAGAGUGAGUCUGCUGACCUUCAUGAGAAGAUCCAAGAGCUUUAGACCAAUGUUAGACUCCAGGAACACGUCAACAUCCUGAACUGGUUUCAUGUCUAAUCUGAUCUUACCCCAAAUAUCAGCUCAAGUCAUGACUGAAGCAUCACAGAGUUAAAUGUGAAAUAUCGUCUGUAAUUGGAAGGUUUCAUCCAACCAGAACCAGAACCAGACUGGUCAGAAGUUUUCAUUCUGCGACUUUCUGUUGGCACAAAAAUCUGAAAAGUUCUUAUUUUUGUUUGUGUUCGGAUAAACACGAAUAGAACCCAACUUUCCCUCUGACCAUCUAUCAGGAACACAUGAACUCUGUUUUAGUUUCAGACACUUUAAUUGUGCAGCGUUCAGACCAAACCUCAUUCAGAUAUUUUUGUUUUUUCACGUCGUUUGUUUUCUCUUUUUUGUUUCAUGUGUUUUUGUAGAAAAUCUUUAGUGGUUGUGGUUUGAGUAGUGCUGAACUGUAUGGGGCGCUGUCUGCAGGGAACCUCAGGUGGACUGUAUCUGGACUCAUCAAUGCUGAAAUAAAAGCAGUGAAGCGUCU